CCAAGCAGUGGAGCUACUCCACGAACUGGAUCCUAGUUCCUCCCGCGGCUUCCGCCUCGGGGAUCCCAAGGCAGUCCGACUUCCGCUCCGUUGCUCGCCGACCUUUCCCUCCAACGCUGCCCUAAUUGAGCGCGCCACCAGAUUUUCAGUCUUUGCUAACUCCGAGGACUCACCGGAGGCCAGCUCCGCCUUCCCCUCCAACUCCGACGGCGAUCACUCCCCGAACACUAAAUCCGACCCCCCUGACUCCGAGCUGAAGCCCCAGCGCCCGGUGAAAAGAAAAGAAUCCGAGAAAUCCUCAAAGACCAAAAAUCCAUCGAAGAAAGGAAAAUCCGCCUCCGCCGCCGGUGACGAGGGUUCUCCGGCGAAUCCAGACGGGGAAAAACUACCGUAUGUUCACGUCAGAGCUCGCCGAGGCCAAGCCACUGACAGCCAUAGCUUAGCCGAGCGAGCAAGGAGGGAAAAAAUAAAUGCUCGGAUGAAGCUGCUCCAAGAGCUCGUCCCCGGGUGCAGCAAGAUCUCCGGUACGGCGCUGGUGCUGGACGAAAUUAUCAACCACGUACAGUUACUGCAACGGCAGGUUGAGAUCUUGUCGAUGCGACUUGCAGCGGUUAACCCUAGGGUGGAUUUUACGGGGCUGGACAACCUUUUAUCAGCAGAGAAGAAAGAGUACUUUGGCCGCAUGGGUAAAAUGCGAGGAAAUAAUGCGAGAAAGGAGAAAGGCCUUACGAACGGACAGCUUUCUCUUCUUCAUCCCGAGGAGGGAAUGACUGAAAACUGCGGGCGGGUCAACGCAUCGGGCCACGCUCCGGGUUGGGUUGACGGUAACGGCGUCAUGCGCCGGAAUCAGCAUUACGACGAUCAACAGAUCUGGCACGUAGAUCUGGAGCAGCAGGAGGAGACGGAGCAACUCUCCCACCACCGCCACCACCACCACCGCGUCUUAAUCAGCGGCAGUAGUAGCGGGAGCCCCCCGGGGACCUCUCUUUUCGGUUACGAUCCCUCAGCUUCAGGUAACCCACUUUUUGAAUUCGGUUAAGUUACUAUUUUAUUA